CAUCAAUGUCGCACGGGCAUUUGUUUUCAAUCUGACUGGGAAACAAGAAUUUCUUCCCCGUCUCACAGAUCGAAGGAUAUCGACCAGACGACAACAUUUGCUAGCCGUUUAGAGGAUUGUCAUCUCAGGGGAAAAGUGUGAAAGGGAGAAGUCUAAGUUUGAUAAAGUUAUCCAUUCAUCAAGUAAAUGGCAAGCGUUAGGACAGCUGUGCUUAAAGUCGGCAGGGUCCUCAAUUCUUCAGUUGUAUCCAAUCAGAGAGCUAUCUUAGCUGCCUCUCCUAUUCGAACAGAGACGCCUUUCAGUCCUCAAAGUUCUUGGCUUUUCCGCUUUUAUUCCGAGAAGCAUUCAAAUGCUCAAUCAUUAGAUAUUGAUCUAUCCAAUGAAGAGAGCAAGCGGCGUCUAGUUAACAGAUUGUUGUAUAGAAGCAAACAGAGAGGAUUUCUGGAACUGGAUUUAGUUUUGGGAAAAUGGGUGGAGGAGAACAUUCAUUCCAUGGAUGAAAAUGGAAUCAAAGCCCUUAUUCAUGUCCUUGAUUUGGAAAACCCAGAUCUCUGGAAGUGGCUAACAGGUCAGGAGCAACCCCCAGAAGCUGUGAGCAGAAAUCCUGUGUUCUUUGCUGUGCAUGACAAGGUAAUGAAAAACCUAAAAAAUCAUGCAGCUCCUGGGACACGAGCAAUGCCCGGGGAACCUUGGGUAAGAGGAUGGGAUGAUUUCAAGAAAGGUCGUGAUAGCCCAAUAACUGGGAACCAGUAGAGCUGAUUUUGUUAUUGAGUUAGAAUGCUUUUAGAGUGUGUUGUAAUGAAUGCAACCAAAAAUAUUUUGUAAUAUAUUAAUAAAGAGAGGCUAUAGUGAAAGCUUAAGGUCCAUUUAUGUGUUAAGAAGCUGUAAUAAUGAAAACAUUGAUACCUAA